ACAAGGCCAGCUUCUCACCCUCACCCUCACACGAGAACGACGACAACGUCGAGAACCAAUGUCAUAUUCAGGAACCAUUCCGCCUGCAAAGCAUGGAGAGGAGAGAAGAUUCUCCUUGGGGACCAAUACCUCUGCGUUGGCGUUGCAGCGGUCUUCCUUUCCUGCUACCAAGCAGAAACUCAGUAGUGCUCUCUAUGGUGCCAGUGGCCUUUUAGCCAAAAAGCUCAAAGAAGGCAGACGGCGAGGGAUCCCCUACUCCACGUCACCCCCCUCGCCGUGUGCCCGUUUUGCAUGACUAUCAUGACAACUAUCGCGAUCCACUGAACUUUCAAACCGUAAAGAAGGGCCCGGAUACGGCCAACGUUGAUGAUUCUGCGGAGGGUCGGAAGGAGAGCAGGGCCGUUUUUCGUGGUGGCGUUUCGGUCCAUUUUCCGGAGCGUCUCUUUGAAAUGCUGGAGCAAGUGGAUUUGAUUGGAAUGGCUCACGUUGUCUCGUGGCAGCCCCACGGACGAGCCUUUCUCGUGCAUCGGCCGCAAGAGUUUGUUGCGGAAGUUAUGCCACGCAAAUUUGAACCCAGUUUCUUUCGUCAGAGCAAGUUUACAUCGUUUCAACGUCAAUUGAAUCUCUACGGAUUUGUUCGUUUAAGUACGGGUCGAGACUGCGGAAGCUACUAUCACGAAUGCUUUCUCCAAGGCUGUCCUGCGCUAUGCCGCCGGAUUGUGCGCCGCCGCAUCAAAGGGAACGGAGUCAAGCCGGUGCCUUCGCCUUCCACCGAGCCGGAUUUCUACAACAUGGAAUGGUGCGAGGCGUCCGGUCCCAAAGCAACGGAAGGGGAGCAGCCGAGACCGACAGUCCAUGCCAAAACGAAUCGUGAACAUUCUCAAUUCGUUCCGUGUGCCGCCACGUCCACGUCCACCGGUGGUUUCCACGGAAUCCCCGAUCACCACGGCUACGCGUGGGCCGGUCAGCGUCACCACGGAGCGCCGGGUGCCGACGCGCGAUUCUUGAAUUCCGAAGCGGCUUACACGAAUCCGAUGCUUGCGAAUCCCUGGGCUACCUACUCGAUGACAUCAGAAAGCCAUCGUUCGUUUGCUCCGCAGUUUUUCGGAAAUUCCGGGGAGCACAUGGGCCAUACGGGUAUGCUUGGUUGGGAUCCGUACGCGUCGGGCAGCAACACAGCUCCCUUUCGUUGGAAUUCGUCGUUCCAGCCUCCGAGCGCUGCGGGGCGGGGUCUCGUGCGCGACCACCCUUUGGAGGGGCGGUUGGUGACGUUUGGUCGCGGGGACUUGGACUACUCGCGACGAUAUUCCGCCGGAGGUGGCGGUCUGGACGGCGGCGAAGUGCGAUCGAACGUGCGGAUGAGCAAACUACCGGAAGAUCCGUACGCAGCGGAAGAAAACCCGUGGUCGUUGUUGUCCGACUUUGCGGCGUUGGACGACGCGGCCAACCAAGAUCCAGUCAAGGACUUUUGGUACGGGAACCGGUAGACUUUGUCGGUCACGAAAAUUACUAGGAAAAGGCUGGUGGAGCAAUGGUAAAGAAAAAAGAAGCAUUGGAAUUUGAAUGUGUCGCUGCCGAUGUGUAAAAUCGUUGACUGUGAAUUAAGUUAUUUAGGUACAUGGUCGGCCCGAACCUAGUGCACCGAGCGCCAGUGUC